AUGGCACAAAGCCAAUUAAUUACAAUGCUAAAAUGCGGAGGAUUUAACAUGCGCAAAUGGGCUAGUAACAAUCUCACUCUAUUGGAAAAUUUGCCCGAGGAACUUAUUAAUCAAAACAUGUUCAAUUUUCAACAGGCCGAGACAAACAAAACACUAGGCAUAACGUGGAAUCCCCAAACGGAUAACUUUACGUUCCGACAUAACUCAGUUACGACUACAAAUGGCGUCACUACGAAACGAACUCUGCUGUCCGAACUCGCCAAACUAUACGACCCGCUUGGAUGGCUAUCUCCUGUUACAACGAAGGCAAAGCUCAUGUUUCAGCAAGCUUGGAAAACGACAUCAGACUGGGACAGCCCUCUUCCAGAAUGCAUACAACAGGAAUGGGAACAAUUCAACAAAGAACUCCCAUCCAUACAAAAUUUUUUUAUACCUCGCUGGAUUGGGAACACUCAACAAAACAUUGAGCUCCAUGGAUUCAGUGAUGCCUCUGAAAAGGCCUAUGGAUGUGUAAUCUACUGCAUAUCUACAGGACCACAUGGAAAAAAGAUCAUACAAAUUGUGGCGGGCAAAACAAAGUUAGCGCCUUUGAAUAAGCGCAUUACACUACCGCGCAUGGAACUAUGCGGCGCAUUGUUACUAGCACACCUCAUGAAAAAGGUCACUGACUCAAUAAAGGCGCAGACAGUCACAAUACACGGGUGGACCGACUCUAUGGUAGUACUAGGAUGGCUACAAGGUGAACCCUACCGAUGGAAAACAUUUGUGGCAAACAGGGUGACACAAAUAACGGAAGUCAUGCCCCCAAAUUGCUGGAGACACGUAAAAUCAGAGGAUAAUCCUGCUGAUUGUGCGAGCCGUGGUUUGUCUCCAUGCCAACUCCUGUCGCACUCUCUCUGGCGGGAGGGCCCUUCAUGGCUGAAAAGUAAUGACCUGCCUCCUGAAAACAUAUUCGAAACGCGCGAAGAAGAGCGAAAGCAACCUCAAGUGUGUGUGACGCAAAUACCUGCCCCACUUAUUGAAGAGCUUCUACAUAAGCAUAGCUCCAUGACACGUGCAACAAGAACGCUGAGCUGGAUCCUACGUUUUAUAAAAAAUGCGCGUGACAAAAACGGCGCCAUUCGACUCACGUACUUAUCGUCAACUGAAUUAAGGUCGACAUUACACAUGAUAAUCAAGACAGUACAACAUAACUCUUUUGCAGAAGAAAUUUCGCAACUACAAAAACAUAACCGGGUCAGUUCAAGCAGCAAAAUUAUUAAUUUGAAUCCAAUAAUUGAUCGAGACACUAUACUACGAGUUGGCGGGCGACUAGGUCGAGCCGACUUGAGUCACACUCAAAAACACCCCAUCAUCCUACCGAAAAAACACAAGCUGACCGAAUUAUUAAUUGAACAGGCGCACGCUGCUACUCUCCACGGAGGCGCUCGAUUAACCCUGCAGUAUCUACGAACCAAAUAUUGGAUCAUUGGAGGCAUGUCAAUGGUCAAGCACUGCAUUACAAGGUGUGUCAAAUGUCACCGCCACAAUAAGCAGAACAGCUACCAAUUGAUGGCCGACUUGCCCGAACAGCGGGUGAAUCCCUCCCGCCCCUUUACUCAUACGGGGGUGGACUUUACCGGACAAGUGGAUGUCAAGGCCAACAAGGGUCGUGGAAUUAAGACGAUGAAAGCUUACAUCGCUGUUUUCAUUUGCCUAUGCACCAAGGCCGUUCACCUCGAGUUGGUAUCUGAUUUAACUGCAGCCGCUUUCAUCGCUGCCUUAAAACGUCUUUGUGGCCGAAGAGAAACACCCAGGCACAUGUAUAGCGACAACGGCACAAACUUUGUUAGCGCUGCCAAAAUAUUAACAAAAGAAAGAGAAGAGGCCCUGCGACUAUAUGUAAACGACGAGUUCCUGAACUUUGCUGCUGAAUCUAACAUCGAAUGGCACUUCAAUGCCCCAUCGUGGCCUACUGCAGGCGGUCUCUGGGAAGCUGCGGUCAAGAGUUUAAAACACCAUCUUAGACGCGUCCUGGGGGAACAACGACUAACAUUUGAAGAAUUCUCGACGUUGCUGGUACAGAUCGAGGCUUGCCUGAACUCAAGACCGCUAGUGGCUAUUACUGAGGACCCAGAGGAUUUAGAAUGUCUCACUCCUGGGCACUUCCUGGUCGGCGGGCCUCUGUUAGGACCACCAUUACGCACCGACGACAACAAUAUGAGCUUAACUAUACGAUGGCGCCAAACAGAAAAAAUGUUAAGCGAUUUCUGGAAGCGGUGGUCAACAACUUAUCUACAAACCUUACAAACACGAAGUAAAUGGUUCUACCCUACUCCGAAUUUGCAAAUUGGCGACCUAGUUCUAUUGAGAGAUGAUCACAUUCCUCCAGCGAGAUGGCUAAUGGGAAGGGUAACAGACACCCAUGCAGGAGCGGACGGAUGA